GCUCCGUACACCCGGAUCUCGGAGUAUUUCUGCGGGGCCUCCGCGCGGUGCGGCGGUGGGACCGGGAUUACGGUCUUCGACCUUCGGAGCCCGGCCGCCGCUCUCCGCUGGGGGCGGGGUGGGGUCCCAGCCGCCGCCGUCUGCGUGGGGCCCACCCAACCGGCGUCUUUCUUUAGGAGCCCUCCCAUGGCUUCCCAGGAAAGGGUAAAGGCAGUGACCAAAGGAACGGGGUUCUGUCGCUGCCCCAAGCAGACCACUUACACCCCUGGAACCUGCCAGCUCCUCAGAGUGAUGAUGAAGGAAUCCAAUCUGACUAAGUUCCAACAGCGACACAUCAUGGACACCAUGAAAAGAGGAGACCCUCUGCCCCUGUACUGCAGCCCAACAUCCAGCCAGAGGGUCUUGCCUGCCAAGCAGCCGGCCUCAGCCGUCUACCUGCCUCCCAUCCUGGCGACCCGGUCCCAGCUCCGACCUGCCAGCAUGUGCCAGGCCAAUGGGGCCUACAGCCGGGAGCAGUUCAAGCCUCGAGCCACCAGAGACCUGGAGAAGGAGAAGCGCAGGCUCCAGAACAUCUUUGCCGGAGGGAAGGAUAAGGAGGAGCGGAAAAAGAAGCCCCGGGCUGUGCAGCGGAAGGACCCAGCCCCCGCGCCGGACCGGUUUGAAGAACUGGUCAAAGAAAUCCAGGAGAGGAAAGACUUCCUGGCUGAGAUGGAGGCCCUGGGACGGGCCAGGCAGUACCGAGGGAUCAUCCUCACCGAGAUCUCCCAGAAACUCCGGGAAAUGGAAGACAUUGACCACCAGCGGAGCAAGGAACUGAGGAAGGCUCUGGCCACCGCCUAACCUGUCUCCAGGGGCGGAGCAGCCCAUCCUUGACCACUGGAGCCCACUCAUUGCCAAGAGGGUCAUCCCAGGUCAGCCCACCCACUCAGGCCGCCAGCCAUGUGGUCAUACAGCACUGCCCUGGCCCAGGGUACGGGUACCCGGGCACACACACACCCUAUAAAAUGGACAUCAGAGACUGCACCCAGGCUGUGCCUCUUGAAACCUAGUCUCUUCCCCAUUCUCUGUCUCUGUCUCUCUCUCUCUCACACACACACACACACACACACACACACAGCUUUGAAUCUUUCCUGGGGAAAGAGCCGCCUUCGGAGUGAAGGCAAAGUCAGUCUCCCCAUCGUGGGCGCCAACAGGCCCGCGUCCUGCCACCUGCAGCGCUGGGUGCCCCACGUUAGUGUCUGAACUCGGGAAUGAGCGUGGCUCCUCUCGUCCUGCCUGCCUUAGGGCCUACUUCUUGGACUUCUUACAUUCUUAGGCAAAUGUUUAACCAUGACGACUGAUUGGCCAAUAAAACACAGUUAACGCAGGUCAUUACACAUUACACACACGGUUUUGUUUCCAGAGGGAUAAGCCUUAUUUGUUCAAGGAGUUAGACUUUUUCAGGCAUGUUUCUAGCUGUUUGCAUAUUUCAAGUGGAAAAGGGAAGGAACCUCUUGAGCGCCCCAUAGCGGGCACUGUGGCAGGUACUGAAUUCCUCUCAGUCAUCCUCUCCAUUCCUCCGCGCCCCC